UAUUGUUUUUGGUAAUAAUAACAAUGCACGAGUCUGAAAAUGUUACGUUGCGCAAGGAAUGUCCAGCAGAUGAAGUGCACAAAUCCUGUUCUUUCCACGAAGAGUACACGUGCUGGGCGCAGCCAGAUCGCAUGGAGAGGGUCAAGUCUCCUGCUAGAAGACUGCCCCAUUGCAGGACUGGAUGUUAUUGCAAGAAGGGUUUAGUUCGCGAAUAUCCCGGUGGCCCAUGCAUUGUGACCGCUGGUUGCCGCAACCGAAAACUACAGUCGGUGCUGAAGCAUUUACCCACAGGUUACCCUUACUCGCCACGGGGAGGAAUUUAUUUUUAAUGUGGUCUUGUAGAGUGUAAUUAGAGGUAUACUCCGUUGCAAAUUGAUCUUAGUACUAAAUC